UUUGAGGAUUAUUCCGUUGAAAUGGGAUUCUGAAGAAUUUCAUGCCUUUGUCUGUGGAUGCAUCACUUUUUUAAAUUUUAUUUAUUUUAUUUUUAUUUAUUUAUUUACAUUUUGGGGGCAGAAAGAACUUCAUUCCCCUUAAUUGCGGUUUGGUUCAAGUCUGGCUGGUUCUCUUUCUCCUGAGGCAUGGUUACGAGCUCCGGCCGAGAGCAGGGAGCGACACCCGGGCUCCGUCAGUGUACCCCGUACGCCCCUUCCCGGAGCCUCCCCAGCGGACCUGAGAGGAGAUGAGACCCGCCCUCUACCAACUCCUCGCCGGCUGCCUCUGCCUCAUACGAGCCGCUGCCGAGGAGUCGCCUCUUCCCCGGGAGCUUGUACAGCGGCUCUCCCGCAGCGACAUCCGGAGCAUCAACGACCUCCAGCGGCUGCUCGGGAUAGACACCGUAGAAACCGAGCUGAUCGAGGAGACAAAAUACGACGAUGACAAGGUCUUCUCUCACACCCUCCCGGACCACAGGCGAGCGCAAACAAAUGCGCGUCAUAGGAGGAGCACUCUGGUGGAGGAGGCGUUGCCUGCAGGCUGCAAGGUGCGCACCACCAUAUACGAGAUCCCUCGCAGUCAGGUGGACCCCACCGCUGCCAACUUCAUCAUCUGGCCACCCUGCGUGGAGGUGAAGCGCUGUACGGGCUGCUGCAACACCAGCAACAUGAGGUGCCAGGCGGCCCACAAGCACCACCGCACCAUCAGGGUGGCCAAGUUGCAGUAUGUGCGGCGGCGGCCCAAACUGAGGGAGGUGCAGGUGCAACUGGAGGACCACCUGGAGUGCACGUGCGCCAACAGGCGGCAGUUCGACCCAACCUCGGACACAGACAACGGCAUCAGGUGAAUACAGUGGAUGGAUGAUGGAAUUAGAGCAGCAUUUGGGACAACAGCGAGAGCAUGACAAGGCUAUACUGCACACUUUUGAGCCAUUUAGCAUCCUGCUCACGGAACAUUACGUAAAGGAAGUAAUGCCGCCACCUUUUGGGACCUUUUGGUGGAUAUUUGACCCACAAAGACGAGCGCCGUUGUUCCUCGAUGGAGAUACGGGAUGAGAAGAGAGGUGGGACUUCUUGCAUAACCCUCUCAUCGUCGUCUUGGAUCAUAAACUGGGAUGAAUCCUCUCUACAGGCUGGGAUUAAGACUUAAAUUUUUUAAAAAUAUAUAUAUAUUCCGACAUUUAUCUCGCAUAUUGUGUACACUCUUGUUUGUAUAACCGCUAUGUUAUCAUCACGAAGAAGGCAGGAGGAAACAUCCUCUUGACAUGUAACCGUUACUAAUAAACUAUUUAUACUGGA